AUGAAUUAGCGGCUCUCUAAAUAAGAGAUUAGUAGAGGAAGAUAUGUUGUGAAUACUCUUCAUCCCUUGUCAGAUAUACCUUUGAGAUAAUCGCUCCCUUAUCUUGAUUCGAUUAGAAGAUUCUUUAAAAGAAACAAGGAAGAUCAAGAAAAAAAGAACCUAGUGAAAGAUGACUAAAUGAAAGAGGAAGAAAAGGGUAAUAAUUAUAGAUCAGCAGAAAGGUAAUCUACCAAAAGAAAGCCUGUCGUUGCUGUGAAAAACUAAUUCGCUAACAUGAUUGGAUAAGGCAAUCAAGGGGAUCUAGAGGGUGCCUAUGAUUCAAACGGUUAACUCUAACCGAAUCCAAAACCUCAAUUUGAUGAAGAUGAGGAUCCUGUAAAUUAUCUGGGAUUCGGUAUUUCAUCAUACUUUCAAAUACUCAGGACAUUUAUGUUCAUCUUUUUUGUUCUAUCAAUUCUGCAUUUGCCUGUCAUGAGUAUGUACAGUUCACAUGGCAAUUUCAAAGAAGAGACAGGAGAAAAACUGCCUCUUAGAAUAUCUCUUGGAAGUAUGGGUUUUUCAAAAACUAAAUGCUCAUCCACUGGAAUGGCAACAAAUAAAAUUGUGUUAUCAUGCAAAAUUGGAGUGGUAAAUAGAAUAGUUGACUUAGGAAUUAACACUAAAUUUGAAGACAAAGAUCUUUGUCUUAGAAAUAAAACUGGAAUUUGUUCAUCAAGCAUUAACUAUGACUAAUUAAAUCUUGAUUUGAAAUCGGCUUGCAUGGGCAAAUAAUAAUGUUAACUUGAUAAGCUGAAAUCUUAUCUAUCUGGAGGAAAUUAAACUCUUACGAAAUGCGUUUCAGAAGAUUCUUCUUUCUUUGUUUAAUAUUUCUGUCAGUAAACUGAUGAAUAAUUAUCAGUGAAGAGAUAAGAAGGAGCCGUUAUUUCAGCUAUCGCUGUAUUUUCCUGCUUAUUCUUCAUCAUCAUGAUGUUUUAUUUGAGACAGUAAACUUAAAUUCAAAAAGUUGAGUGGGACGUUGAAACUAUAACGGCUGGAGAUUAUACUGUAGAUUUAAAAAUAUCUCAAAGUAUGUAUCAAACUUUCGUCAAUCAGCAUCACUAGAAAUACGCUUUUGAUCCUUAAGGAUAUGCUCUCAAGAAAUACUUAAAGCAAGAGAUUGAAACUAAGUUAACGAAUGAAGUAGGAUCGUUAGGAUUUGAAAAGGUAGAUUCAAUCAGAGUUGCCGACAUUCAAUUUUCUUACAAGAAUGCUCCAAUUAUUCAUCUCUUAAAUCAGAGAGGCAUAUAUAUAAAAUCUAAUGAUUGGGAAAGCCUCAAGAAGGUAAAUUAGCAACUUGAUGCUGUUAAAACUAGAGAAUACUAAAACUUAAUGGUAGCUGUAAGUGCCUUUGUAACAUUUGAGAAUGAAGAGGGAUAUCAAAGAUUUUUAAGUUUGAGAGAAAGAGGAUCUAGAUCCACAAUAUUAGGUGAAAGACCAACUUUGAAGGAAGCCACCGAACCAACAAAUAUAAUUUGGGAAAAUAGACAUUUUACUGGAUUCUAAAGAGGCAUCAAGGCUGUGGCUGUCACUUUAAUAAUUGGAAUAUUGCUAUGCAUCUCAUUUGCAAUUGUCUUAGCCUUAAAAGAGAUAAUUCUUAUUGCUAAAUCCAAAUACCAAACUACAAAUUGCUAGGAUUUGAAAGAUAAUUAUAGCGAUUAAAUGCUAUAAAAUUAUGCAAUUUAAGCAUGGUAUGAUUUCUAUGAGCCACCUGAAGGAAUCAUUACUAGAACUCAAAUAUAGCCAGUAUUGGAUUGCUUCUGCUAGUAAAUGAAAUCUAAGCACAGUUUUAAAGUUGGAGCUCAAGAAUUUACAGACAAUGAGAAUAAAACUACUUAUGUUUGCUAUGAAUGGUUUGUAGACUUAUAUCUAGUAAAGGCAAUUAACUCUGUCAUAUCUGCUACCAUCAACAUUGUCAAUACUAUUCUAAAGAUUGUUCUCAUAUUUUUAAUUACUAAAAUUGGAGAAGAUACUAAAUCUGCCUAAAUUAGAUCAAUCAAAGUGGGGGUUUUCGUAACUCAAUUCUUUAACACAGCUAUAUUACUUUUGCUCUCAACUGCAAAUUUUUCAGAAACUAGAAUUCCUAUACUUGAAGGUAUUUCUAGAGGUCAGUUUACUGAUUUUGUCGAAGAAUGGUAUAAAGAAAUUGGUUCAAUCAUUGUUAAAACUAUGGCAAUUGCUUCAAUAAUGCCUGUUAUUGAAUUUGGAACAAUGUGGGCAUUCAGAUAGGGACUAAGAAUGCUAGACAGAGGUUUCACUAGAGAUUUUUACAGAUCCAAAAAGCAAAGCAUAUAACUCUAUGUUGAUAUCUAUUCUGGCCCUGAGUAUUUGAUCCAUCUUAGAUUCAGUACUAUUCUAAAUGUUACUUUCGUUUGUUUUGUUUAUGGUACUGCUUUACCAAUACUCUAUCCGAUAGCACUCUGGGGAUUCUUUGUUCUAUAUACUCUCGAAAGACUUUUAGUUUGCUAUUACUAUAAACAACCACCUGCUCUUGAUGAUAAGCUAACGAAUAAUUCAUUAAGAAUGCUAAUGUGGGCACCUAUAGUAUAUAUGAUGUUUUCAUAUUGGUUCUUAAGUAACAACCAAAUAUUUGAUAACAUUUUAUUCAUAAAGAAUAAAGUCAAUGACAUAACUCUCUGUGGACAUAAUGUUAUAUAAGAUUUUACCAAUGUUUCUCUAGAUCAAAGCUUCCCAUGUCUUGUAAUGUUUGCAAUUUUAAUCAUCUUGAUACCAUUCGGCAAAAUAUUUACUGCUAUCGUUUCACUUAUCAAGCCAGGUGCAUUUGAUGCUAACUUGAAGAUUGAUGAGAAUCUGGGCAACUACUUUGAAGCUUUAGAAAAGCCAGACAAAAACUGGAUGAUAUAAGAAGAAGAGAAUCUUAGAAAGAAUUAUGUAAGUUAAAUGAGAAUUAAUAUAUAUUUAUAGGGCAUGAAAAUACUGUUAGAGGAUACAAUUGAAAAGCUCAAAAAAGCAAAAACAGUAGAAAGAACAAUUCGAGGAGUUCAUUGCUAUGAUAUUUUGGCCAAUCCAGACUAUCAAGCCUCUUUCUAAUAUGUUCCUGUAGAUGUGCCAAACAGAGCUCUUAUAAUUUAAGAUGAUGAUGAGGAUGAGACCAAUGACACUAUUCAAUGUGAUCUAGUGAGAAUCGCUCUCAAUCUAGCAAUGCUAAAGGAGGAUGAUGCCCAAAAACUUUCUUUCGAGAAGCAGAAACUUGUCCAGCUUUUCAAGAAGCGAUGA